UAAGAAUCAUCUUAGUGAUGACAUGUGGCUACAAAAAGAAGUUGUAAUGCUUCUCAAAUAAUAUAUAGGGGAUUACCUAGACAAUAAUUAUGUUUUAGAAACGGGGAUAACUAUGGUCAACUAAUACGUGCUACAGCGCUAGUAGUCAGUCGAUUACUGAAUCUGAAUCUGUAUCACAUAAUUAUGUUUCGUCGGACCAUGUAUUGCUUGUCCUCCAAGUAACUAGCUUGUAGGAAGGAUUUGAAAAGAGUUUUUGAAAAGCGCGUAUCAAUUACAUCGAUGGUGCGCACACGUAAUAACUAAUGUUAUACUAGUAAAGAUCUAAAAAUAAUUAAUAUCCUAUGAAAACAAAACUUUUUUAUUGUCUAUAGGUCGAUGGAGUCGUGGGGAUCACUCCAUGUAAUUGAAUACGAAAGUUCCUGUGUUAAUUUCCUUUUUUUUGUAAAAGUAAUGAUUUUUUUUUUUGAGCAACUGUAAAAGUAAUGAUAAAACAGUAUUCUACUGGUGUUUUCAAUAAUUGAUACUAGUUCUCGUAUCCUGAUCCGAAACCUUUGAAUCCUCCGGACCAGUUAUAUUUUCGAUUCUUCUCGGGGGAACAGUUGGCAGCCACUGAUCAAACCAAACACUUGUAUCUCUACCAUCAGCUACCAACAUACGAGAACCUUUCCAGAGCAAAUUCUUACCGGCUUGAAUAGAUUUCCAGCCAUAAGAUGUAUUAGUUAUAUUCGACGUCUGUAAGAAUGACGACGAAUAAUAAACAUGCAUUUGUAGAGUCUACUCAAUAAGGAAUUUGGGUUCUGAUGAAUCCUCCAAGCUUCGUUAGCCAAUAAAACCAGAUUAAAAGACAUUAAAUCUCUAAAGCCUAUUGGUAAGCACAUCUUCUUCCAAGAGACCCACGGUAUUUUCCUCUUAUCAUUAUUAUGUCCCCACCAGAACUCUGUUAACAAAGAGUUUAUUUGUUUUUGGAAGAAGGAAACAAUUCAUUGGGUACACUGGUUUUGCUUGAAGGACUGAUUUUAUUAAUACUUCCUUUCCUGCUUGUGACAAAAACUGAUUGUACCAAAAAUUUAUUUGAGCUUUGAUCUGAUUUACAAUUCCCUCAAACUUAGUAACUUUGCUUCGACCAAGCUGUUCUGGAAGCCCCAAAUACUUUCCACCUCGAAUAUGAAGGAUAUUAUGAAUGUUUCCACGAAUCACAUUAUCAAUCUUCAUACCAAAAAUAAUUGAUGAUUUUUCCAAGUUAACUUUAUGGCCUAAUACAUGUUCAUGUCUUCGCAAUAUCUGAGCCAUACAUUGAGCGUCAUUAACAAUUAGUUGAUUUGCAGAAGAAUAAAGAAUCAUCAGCAAAUAGUAAAUGGCUGACCUACUGGGCAGUUCCUUGCAAAUUUCAUACCCUGCUACAUAUUUGCUUGCUGAGCUGUAACCAACAUCUGACUCAAUACCUCUACACACAGGAGGAACAGGUAAGGUGACAGUGCAUCGCACUGUCUUAUGCCCCGAGUUAGGUGUAAAAUAUCCAUGAGGAACUCCAUUUAUCACGACCUAAUAAGACACAGACUUAAUACAUGCCAUGAAUAACUGAAUCCAUCUGCUUUCAAAUCCCAACAUUGCCAUAGUAGAUUCUAAGAAUCCCCACUCCACUCUCUCAUAAUCCUUACUAAUAUCAGUCUUGAUAGCCAUAUAUUGCUCAGAGCAAUCCUUUUUAGUUUUCAGGGCAUGCAUUAGUUCAUGAGCCACUAAGAUAUUAUCUGUUAUCUGACGAUCAGGAACAAAGGCUGCCUGAAAAUCAGAAAUAAUUGUAUCCAAACAUCCCUGAAGCCUCAAGCAUAAUAUCUUAGAUAUCGACUUAUAUGCUACUGAACACAAGCUGAUAGGAUGGAAGUCGCUCAUGUUAUUUGCAUCCACAAACUUCGGUAUCAAACAUAUAUUAGUAUGAUUGAUGUUAGGUUCCAUCACUCCAGACUGGAAAAAUCUAUGAAUCAUUCAGUCCUAGACCAGUUGUCCAGUCCUCAGGAUGUGUUGUUGAUUAAGACAAUCAAGUUAUCCAGAUUUGCUACACAAGAUAAGUUGAUUUGUCCUUAUACUAAAGACUUGCAGUACACGGUAAAAUCAGGUUAUUGGGCUUUGACUCAUGAUCUUUGUGAUGGGGAUAUAAUUCAGAGUCCGCGUGGAUCAAUUUCUCUAGUCUGGAAACUUAAUAUACUCCCGAAGAUUAAACAAUUUCUUUGGAAUGUUCUUUCGGGGGCUGUCCCUACCUAUGUACAAUUAUGUUCUAGGGGAGUUAAAGUGGAUCCUACUUGCCAGCGAUGCUGUUAUGAAGAAGAAUCUAUAAACCACGCUCUGUUCAAGUGCCCUCAUGCUUUUGCAAUAUGGAGAUGUUCAAACAGUCCUCUGGUGAGUCAAUUUUCAGACAAUCUUGAAGAGAACAUCAACUUGAUCUUUCAGCUAAUGAAUGAUUUAAGUUAGGAUGAGAUUCAUCGUUUUCACUCCUUUUGGACAUUGUGGUAUGUGUGGAAAUAUCGUAAUGAAUUUCUCUUUAAUAAGAGAAAUGUUCAUCCUUUUAAAGAUGUGAGACGAAGAAAAGAUGCUAAUGAUGAAUGAAUACUGAAUGUGAAACGUAAUGAGAGAGGUCAUGAAAGAUCUACAUGUCCUUCUACAUGGGAACCUCCACUUUGGGCUGGUUGAAAUGUAAUUUUGAUUAUAGCUAUAACAGAGAAGGUGUUGAUACGGGAGUUGGAUGGAUUAUAAGAGAUCAUUCCGGUAAAAUGGUGACGUCUGGAGGAGCUAGAUUAACUGGUAUUACAUCGUCAUUAGAAGGGGAGGCCCAAGCAUUCCUUUAUGCAGUGCAACAAGUUUGGAUUCAAGGAUGGAGAAAUGUGUGGUUUGAGGGAGAUAAUCAGAAUCUGGUUGAUAUUGUUAAUGGUUAUCAUGAAAGUUUGGAGUUAGGAAAUCUGAUUUACGACAUCAGACAUUGGAUUGAAUUACUGCAAAAACACUCACUUGCUCAUGUUAACAGAGAGAAGAAUCAAGCAGCAGAUUGUAUCGUAAAGAAGAUGAGGAUGGAAAAUGAUUUAUCUGUUGUAUUUAAGUUGCCUCCUUCAUGGCUGAUUGAUUUCUUGUAUUAUCCUAUUCACUAUUUAGUUGAACGAAAUUCAUGUUGUUACAAAAAAAUUGAUACUAGUUGAUUCUAACGGGUACAAAAAUUUGUGUAAUAAUUAAAUUAAAAUAAUUGAUAAAAUUUAAGUUAUUUUGUAACUUUUAUGUAUAAUAAAAAUAUUUUUUUUAUCUUCCCAUCUUAAUUGCAUAUGUGAUUUCACAUAUAAUAUUUUGUAUUAUUUCAAAUAUUUAUUUUGAUAUGUUAAAUUUCAUCUAUUUUAAAAUUAAACAAUAAUUUUUAAUUAUGCUAAAGUUGGAUUAUUAUUUUCAUAAUUUCAUGUAUUUCAGUUCAUCCUCUUAUAUUUGGAAAGAUAUUUUAAAAAUUUUGUAUAAAUGUGUAUAUAUUGUUCUAGAAAACUAAAAUAAAAACAGAAAAAUUAAAUAAGAGUUGUAUUAAUAAACAGAACAUGUUACAUUUUGAAAAUUCGUACACAGUUGUUUUAACACUACUACACACUAAAUCAUCAUAAUUUUUUGACUGCUUUUCAUAUUAAUAAUGGUAGGUUAUUCAUAUUUUAGUAUACUGGAUUGUAUCAAAUUUCUGAUCAAAAUUUUUUAGUUACAAUUAAACUAAAAUAAUAACAUCUUGUUAAUUUAGAUUUUGUUUACUUUUAUCUUAGGAUGAAAAAAUAUAUUUUGUAAGAUUAUGUAUAAUUUUAUAUAUGAUUUUUGAACUAAAAUUAGAAAAAAAUGAAGUGUUGAUAAAUUUUUUUAUAAAAAUUCUAAUCAUUCAAACAAAAAUAUAUUGAUAAAUAAUAAAUAUUAUUUAUUUUGUUGCAACCUCACAGUUUUAAAUAUUUAUUUGGUUUUAAAUAAUUAUAAGAUUAAAUCAUUUUUGAGAAAAAAUAAGAUACUAAAUAAUCAUUUAUGUUGGUUAAAAUUAUUUCCUUAUUAAUUAUUUGAUCAAAAGAAAUUUUAAUCAAAAAAAAAAUUAGAACAAAAGAUAUGUAUAGUAAAAAAUAUUAUAGAAAAUAAUAUCUGAAAUAUUCUCUUUUAAAUGUGUUUUGUAAAUUUAUGUUUAUAUAUAUUUAUAAGUAUAUAUUUUUAAAAUUUAUAGAUAAUUUUUUGUGUCAAUUUCAUAUGUGUCACGUUCACGUUAACUUUAUUUGGUUAAUAUUAUUUGAAAAGUCAAUUUCAUAUGUGUCACGUUCACGUUAACUUUCACAAUGGUUUAUUACACUGAUAACCUUAAUGAACUAAUAAUAUUAUUUCUUGUUGCCAUUAAUAACAGUUAUUUAUGUUUUCUUUUUCUUAAUAAAAUUGUGAUCAAAUUUUUAAGUAACUUUUCCUUUUCACUAAAGCACAUAAAUAAUAAAAAGGAAAGAUUUGUAAAAUAUAAACAAUAGAUUUUUAUAUAAAGACAAAUUUAGUUUUAUUAUUCUGUAUGUUUCCUACAACAACAAAUUAACUUUUCAAAUAAUAUUAGAUAUAUAGAUUGACACAUAUGAAAUUGAAUUUUCAAAUAUAUUAAAAUAAUUAAUAUUUGCAUUAAUUUAUUAUUUUUACUUUUUCUAUUUUCCAACAAUUAUUCUAUUAUAUUUUAUUUUUAAAAUAAAGUAUAUUAAUUAAAUGGAAAUCGUUAAUUUUUAAAUACAAAUAUUAUAUGGAUAUAUAUAUAUAUAUAUAUAUAUAUAUAUAUAUCAUAAUCUUUUAAUACACAAGAAGUAUCUUUUGCAUUUUACCAAAUAAAAAUCAAUUGUAAUUUCUUAGACAAAAAUACAAUUAACCACAAAAAUAAAAUGGUGGUCUAAGUUUAAAGCAAGAGGUGUUCUCUAUGCUAAAUCUAAGAGUUAGAAAUGGACAAACCUGUUUAUUCCGGCUGCAUAACUAGUUAGUUUCCAUUGGAUGGGUGACUUUCAAUUAUUCGUCGUUGGCUCUUCUUCUAGAAUGGAAAUAUCGGCCAAUGCAACACUAUCGGAGUUCUAUUUGAAGGAAAGAUUGCCCAUGAGGCCUGCCAGAUCAGAAGCACAAGUUUCCUUCUAUGCUUUCCUUUCCACUAUAAAUGGGAAGUAAUGAUAAAACCAUUAUAAGAUUUCGAACAUGGAUGAUAUAUCAUAUCUUGCUUACAAUAUCUUAUGUACCUUGGAAGAGAAUUGUGGAACUCCUAUGGUAUUCCAAAACACAUUUUCUUGCGUUGGCUUUUUAUGUUGAAUCGCUGCCCUACAAGGGAUAGACUUCUUAGCUGAGAUUCAAUACCGACCCCAAUUGCCUCAUGUGUAAUGCAUCGCCAGAGUCACAUAUACUUUGAUUGUCCAAUCUCUUGGGAGAUUUGGAGGCUAAUAUCAGCAAGAUUACUUUUAAUGGACUCGAAAUAAAGUAAUACAAAAUAUAAAUCAAGAGGCAAUGAUAAUUAGCAAACACCUUUUGCUUUAUCAAAAAUCGCCUAAACAGUCUAUUACAAGAAUUGAUUAAUCAGUUUUACACAAUAUAUGUUAAGAUCAUAACAACUAGUACUGAAAGAUUCCUAAUCUUUCCAAACUUAUCUCUCCAUCGUCGGUACUUCAACUUCUUCUUCAACACGACCCAAGAACAUUUUUAAGGAAUUAUCAUCCUUCCUCUUAAUAAUCAUUCUCAGUGUCUUACGCAAUACAAUGAUAACAAAUGAACAAAUUAAUAGCACGGUGUUUUGGUAGUGAUCAUGUUCUGUUGUCGUGUGCAGAAUAUGGAAGAACGACGUCCUGCAGACCGACCCGCAAAAAAUCCCCAACAAACAGGGCAGGUUCGGUCAUCCAUUCUCAAGACCGUGGCCCGUGUUGGCCUAUCCCGCCGAGACCCACUCGAAACCAAACCCGCAGCAGGGAGAGACGGGAUGCGUGGGAAGACACAAUUGCAAUCACUAACUACAUGCCAUUUCCUAAUUGUUUUCUAAUUCAAUCUUCUCAAUUUUAGUUUCACACUGAAAGUCUAGUAUGUUUAUGCAAAGUACUAUCAUAUCUUCUUCUUUUUUGGAUGAUACAAAAGUAUCAUGGCCUCCACUUUAAGGUGGGUCAGACUAUCCAUAUGUUUGCAUCCUACGUUAGUCCACGUGUCGGUUUACUGCUUGUGGUGAUGCCGAAAUGUUAAUUCUCUGAUGGCUAACGAGAAUCGAAGCCUGGACUGUAUCGGAUCUGAAGGUCCCUCAAGUACUAUCACAUCUUCUUGCGCUUCUAGACAAUUCCAACGAUCAAGUUAUUUAUACAUAUAAAAUUUGAUAGUUGUGAUUAACUACAUACCACGCCUCCCCAUGCAUGAUCUUAUCACAUGAAAGGUGGAAAAUUUAUUGAAUGACACCCUUGCAACUUCCUGUGAAUAAAUGAAGUUCGUUCGUUCAUUGAAUAUACUUAUUACUAUAAGACAAAAGCUCGCCAUGUGGAUAAUGAUUAUAGAGUUAUAGUUAUCUCACCAAAUUAAGUAGUCUCCUCCCUUCCUAGUAAUUGCCCAGCAUCCAAAUUAAGUGAUAUCACAGCUCAAGUGUAAAAACAGAAAGAACAAGAAGUCAAAAGAUAUAAACCAAAGCUUUCAUCAAUGGCAGAUCUUGUUCCCGCCAGUUUCUUGACACAAGCCAACGCCCUGUCUAGGAAAAACUUAGCCUAUCAGAGACGAAACCUAUGGAGCAACGUGCGUCUGAUCGUGAUCCCCUUGUACCUCUGCGUGCUUCUAGUGAGUAUUCAAGCGCUGUUCGAUACACAGGUUAACAACUCUCCUGAUAAUCGAUGCGGUUGUCAAUGCAUUGACGACAAAAACAGAGACGGUAUAUGCGAUAAAAAUAGUUGCGGAUUAGAAUAUUCAUCUCAGAAACAAGCAUUGUUUUGCGCCUUCCCAAGCCCUCCACCACUGCCUCCUUUCUUACAGAUUCCACGUCCCAAAAAUCCCUCAGACUCGUGCAGAAGACUUAACGGAUCUUGUCCUGUAACUAUACUUGUUACUGGGAAUAACCUUUCCCUUGGAGCAGCUUUAUCUAGGAAUCUGCUCACUACUUCUUUCAUUGCGAACUCCUCUGUAUUCUGUUUCUUUUUUCUCACUGGACGUCUUACCAUGAAUAUUCAGGGUACAACAUCAGAGCCAGACUUCACCAAUUAUUUUGAUCCAGGGAUCCACUCUAAUCUUCCCAUAUUCAACAUCCAAACUCAAUGCACUCCAAGAACUACAUUUUCAUUCUCUUUCGGACAAUCUCCUCAAAAGUUUCAGAAAGAGGUGAGAUGCGUUCAAGGGUUGAGUCUCUGGCGGAAUAACUCCAUAGACGUCACUCAUGAUAUCUUAAAGAGAUAUCAGAAAGGAAAUCAUGAGGAGGUUAUCAAUGAGGUUGCUGCAGCAUAUGAUCUCUUGGAUACGGAUAGAAACAAAUUCAAUGUGACCAUAUGGUAUAACUCUACAUCCAAGACCAAGUUACUAGAAAGGCGUGUAAAGCUUGUCCGAGUUCCUCGCUCAGUCAACUUAAUUUCAAAUGCUUAUCUUCAGUAUUUGAAAGGGCCAGGGACAAAGAUACUAUUCGAGUUUGUCAAAGAAAUGCCUAAAGUAGAAACUUGGCUUCAUGUGGACGUUGCGUCUUCCAUUGGCCCCAUUUUCUUCACAUGGGUUAUUCUUCUUCUGUUCCCUGUGGUAUUGAACACAUUGGUCUAUGAGAAGCAGCAGCGUCUAAGAAUCAUAAUGAAGAUGCAUGGACUAGGAGAUGGUCCCUAUUGGAUGAUUUCCUACGCCUAUUUUCUCUCCAUAUCGACAUUAUACGUUAUAUGUUUGUUGAUAUUUGGGUCAGUAAUAGGACUGAAGUUCUUCAGGCUUAAUAACUACAGCAUCCAGUUCCUUUUCUAUUUCAUCUACAUUAAUCUUCAAAUAUCCAUUGCCUUUCUAGUAUCCUCAGCAUUUUCAAAAGUUAAGACAUCAUCAGUUGCUGCUUACAUAUACGUCUUUGGAUCUGGGCUAUUGGGCGCGUUUCUCUUCCAGUUUCUUAUGGAAGAUCCAUCAUUUCCCAGACGCUGGAUUUUUUUCAUGGAGGUGUAUCCGGGCUUCUCUUUAUACCGUGGGUUGUAUGAGUUCUCCGAGUAUGCCCUUAACAAGAAGGAUGGGAUGAAGUGGGAUGAUUUCAGUAAUAGUGGAAUGGAUGAAGUUUUCUACAUCAUUAUCAUUGAGUGGUUCGUAUCACUCAUUGCAGCAUACUAUAUUGAUAAGAUAUCUUCAUCCGGAAAAGACCCCUUGUUCUUCUUGAAAAACCCUUUCAAGUUUUUGCCAAGGCCUAGCCUUCAAAAACAAGGCUCUGCAGUUUCUGUAGAAAUGGAGAAACUAGAUGUAGCUCAGGAGAGAGAAAAGGUUGAUCAGUUGAUGAUGCUUGAGCCGACCACAAGAUAUGCUAUUGUAUGUGACAACUUGAAGAAGAUGUAUCCAGGGAGGGAUGGGAACCAGCCUAAAAUAGCAGUUCAUGGACUAUCUCUGGCGGUACCUUCAGGAGAAUGUUUUGGCAUGUUAGGACCCAAUGGUGCUGGCAAGACCUCCUUCAUCAAUAUGAUGACAGGGCUUGUGAAGCCAACAUCUGGGACAGCUUUUGUUCGAGGUUUGGACAUAUGCAAGGACAUGGACAGAGCAUACACCAGCAUGGGUGUAUGCCCACAACACGACUUGCUCUGGGAGACUCUGACAGGAAGGGAACACCUGCUCUUUUAUGGGAGGCUUAAGAACCUUAAAGGCUCUGAUCUCAACCAAGCUGUAGAAGAGUCUCUUAAAAGUGUGAACCUAUCUCGCGGAGGAGUUGGUGAUAAACCUGCUGGAAAAUACAGCGGAGGUAUGAAAAGAAGACUGAGUGUAGCCAUUUCACUUAUUGGGUGUCCUAAGGUGGUUUAUAUGGAUGAGCCAAGCACAGGGCUUGAUCCAGCUUCAAGAAUGAACCUAUGGACUGUCAUCAAACGCGCAAAAACAAACACUGCGAUAAUUCUCACGACUCAUUCUAUGGAAGAAGCAGAGUUUCUUUGUGACCGUUUGGGGAUUUUUGUAGAUGGAAGGUUACAAUGUAUAGGAAACCCAAAAGAGCUAAAAGGAAGAUACGGUGGAUCUUAUGUGUUUACCAUGACAACAUCAUCAGAACAUGAGAAAGAUGUGGAGAUGUUAGUUAAAGAUGUUUCUCCAAACGCCAAGAAGAUAUAUCAUAUCGGUGGGACACAGAAAUUUGAGAUCCCAAAGGGAGAAGUUCGGAUCUCAGAAGUGUUUCAGGCGGUAGAGAAGGCAAAGAGCAGUUUCAAAGUGUUUGCUUGGGGACUUGCGGACACAACUCUUGAAGAUGUCUUCAUUAAGGUUGCUAGAACUGCUCAGGCCUUUAAUGUCUUGUCUUGAGUCCUCUUAAUACUAGCAUACUUGUCAGUCAGUUCAAAGUCAAUAUUUAGUAUUUCUUGUUUGAUAAAGUUGUAGAGAUUUGAUUUAUGUGCAUUAUUUAAAAUAGUCUGCAAGCUAGUUUGUGAAUUUAUUUGAGGUUC